AUGCAAUACCUCUGCGUAUUCUCUCGAACCAGGGCGUUACACUGUUCUUCCAUUCGUAAACCCGAAAAUACUGCUCCUUACUUUUAUCACGCUGGGGACACUGGAAGCUGUGGAACUCCUUUAAUGAACACAUUGGAAGGAGAUAUGGGAAAAGAGGGAUAUGGAAUGAAAAGGAAGAUUAUAGAUAGACAAGAUGACGCUUGCGGUUCUGCAGUAAUCGGAGUGCAGGGAUGCACAUUCACAGGUACUUCAGAAGUGAGUGACGGCUGCCUCGCCGAGCCCUACGCCGCUGCUGCAGCAGAGCCUAUGAGAGUACAACAAGUUUUGGCGAAAUACACCAUAGACGGUCCAGGUUCUUGGGGCCAUAAUGCUUCAUUAUUUCAGCUAUUUGAAAAUGCAUUUCAUGCAUCUCCCAGGUGCUUGCAAACCAGAAUAGCCCCCCCGGGUGUCGCGCCGUCGGCAGCCUCUACGUACACCCGGGGACAGACAUGCGAGCUGUCCACAUGGAAGGGCCCCCCCCAAGGCGGCAAGCACCACAGAUUUAGCGGCCCAGAGCCCGUUCCUAAUGCUCAUGCAGGGCCACUUGGCUCAUCGCCGCCAGGUUUUGUGGAUAAUAAGGCCCCCGUCCCUCAGUGGGGCCCUAGCCAGCGAGGAGGCCCUCCCGUAGUGCCCCGUCGCGCUCCUAUGUUUGGCACGGCCUCAGGAUGGGGGCCACCACCUGCCACUCAGUCUAGCCAGUGCGGACUCCCCACCAUGGGGGGCCAUGCACCGUUCGCCGGUGGUAGUGAAGGGUACGGGAAAGCCAGCUCGGGGGUUCCUCAUCAGCCAAGGACCGUCCCGAGUUCUUGGGAAAGCACCCCUGAUAUCGUUAACAAUCGACAGGCCCAUCUUGAAAGCAUGCCUCAAGGCGGACCAAGGGGAAUGGGGCCCCCUAAGAGCCAUGGGCACCAGGGACCUCCACCAUUCGGCAGUUUGGACGCAUGGGGGCCCUCUCAGGCUGAUCGCCGAUGUGGAGGGCCACCUCCUGCGCACCAGCAUGAAGCGAUUUCGUCAUGGCCAUCUCCCCUAGCGUAUGACAGUGCGCAGUACCACCGGGGUGGCGGCCCCCUAACACGAGGAGUACCCUCCGACGGGUCUCCGCCAUCCAUAGGAGGCCCCUCCCCGUCACAGCGGGGGUCCCCGCAUGGUGUCCAGCUUUUCCAUGAUGGGGGACGUGGGGAGGGUCACUUUCAAGUCAACACUUCGGGAGGCCUGCCUCCACCGCCGAGGGGCCCCGGGGUGUCUGAAGUCACCGGCGCUUCUGGGCCUCCUGGAGUUCCUGGGCCCCCUGGAGGUCAAGGGCCUCAUGGAGCAGCUCCUCGAGCUCCAGGGCGUCCUGGGGCCUUUCGAGGCCCAGGAGUCCUUGGAGGCCCAGGAGGCCGAGGGUCUCUUGGGGCCCCCAGAGGCGUAGGAGUUCCAGGGCCUCCUGGGGCCCCUAGAGGCCCUGGAGGCCCUGGAGUCCCAGGGCCUCCAGGGCCUCCGGGGCCUCCUGGAGGUCGGGGACUUCCUGUGGGUCCGCGGCCAGGGAGCGCCACGGCCCCAGGGGCCCCCCAUCCUCAGACGUUUCAAAGUUUCGUGUCGGAUCCCGAAGAGGGGCGGCCGAACGGUAGCACCAGCUGGCGGGGCACUAUAAUUUCAGGGGUCCUUCCGCAGCCGCCUGCUGCAAGCGCAGAGAGGGGCAGCUUUCUAGGGCCCCAGCAGCCUCCCUUGGGGUCCGCGGAGCUUUCUUUCGGCCGAAGACCGUUGGGGCCUCCCUCGGGGGCCCCCCCUCCCGCAUGGAACGCAAGAACUGCAGCAGAAAGCAACAACAGCAACAACAUAUGCAGCAGCAGCAGCAGCAUGUGCAACAGCAGCAACAACAUAUGCAGCAACCACAUCAGCAACUGCUCCAGGGCCCUACGCCUCUGCAGCAGCAGC